AUUCCCAUUUUCUGUCUAAUCUAACGAGCCACGACCGAACUGUUGAGGGGGGCCCCGGGGUCCGGCGCGUGCUCUGUUGGAAACUGACGGGUGUGAGUGAUCCUGUGUCAACACCCGCUGCCCUAUAAAUCGCGCUGCCCCGCGGUCCUGGCCCUCCCCUUCCGUCUUCAGACUGACCUUUUGCUUCUGCCAUCCAACAACUCCACCGAUCCUCUUCGAUCUCGACAUCUGUUAUCGAUCUUCAACAGUCGCUCUUCUUAUCUAUUAACCCCAGCUCAAAUCUAAUUCACAAUGCCGCCCAAGAAGGCUUCCACCGGCGCGUCCAAGAAGACGUCGGGCGCCACCCACUCUUCCUACAGAGAUAUGAUCAAGGAUGCUAUCCUCAGCCUCAAAGAGCGCAACGGUAGCAGCCGUCAAUCUAUCAAGAAGUAUGUGCAGAACAACAACAAGAUCAACAUCACGUCGCAGGCCGCGUUCGACGCCCAGUUCAACAAGGCCAUCAAGGUCGGUGUUGAGAAGGGCGAGUUCACCCAGCCCAAGGGUCCCUCUGGCCCCGUGAAGCUGGCCAAGAAGGAGCCCGCCAAGCCUGCUCCUAAGCCUGCUGCCAAGAAGGCGACUGCCGCCAAGCCUGCUGCUAAGAAGGCCAGCACCAAGAAGACUGAGAAGACCGAGAAGACUGAGAAGGCCGAGAAGCCUGCCAAGUCGACGACCAAGAAGGCCGGUGCACCGAAGAAGGCUGCCGCGAAGCCCAAGGCCAACACUGCUAAGCCUCGCAAGGCUUCUACCGCGGCUCCCGCCGUUGUUGAGCAGCCCAAGGUGCUUGGCAAGACCAAGUCCGGCCGCGUCACGAAGACGACUGCUAAGCCCGCGGCUCAGAAGGCUGCGCCCAGGAAGAAGGCCGCAUCGACCGAGAAGAAGGAGGCAUGAAGAUGCCACCGUCGUUCAUGAUGUGUCUUUGAUUUGACUUGGUUUUAAUGUCUCGUCCGCGGCGUGUUUUGCUGCUGUCUCCUUCGGCUUGUAACUUUUUUUUUGGUCCUUGUUCUUUUUCUUUUUUUUUCUCUCGUGCUUAUUAUAAUGCUGCGGCUACUUCUGGGAUGUCAGUGUGAUUAGUUUGUGUUUUUUGACAAAGUUGGUAUGGGCGGCGUCAUGUGGUGGGUCUUGCAACGGGACAUGUCUAUUGUGUUGGUCAGCUUGGUACUCUCUCUGGAGCAGAAGCUGUAGGAUGCGAAAUGGGAAUUCUCUCUUUUUUCCGUUCAAUUUUGUUCUCUUCUUAAGUUCCAGUAGAGUGUUUUUUUUUUUUUU